UUCAUUUCUCUUUCGGUGUCUCCGCCUCGCUUCACAUUUCAUCGCCCUCGAAACGCCGUCGUUCUCCCCAAUGGCGGCGAUUUCGAAUCUCACCGGAUGCGGUCACGCCGCGAGCGGCAGCGCCGUCAACUUCGGAGAGAGGCGGCGGUUCUUCAAGCUCGGUUCGCAUACCGGACUCAAUUCUCGGAUCUCUUUCUACAAUAAGUUAGCUGUUGGCCACUUGCGCAAGGCUGACAAAAAAUUUGUUAUUCGUAUGGCAUUAGUCAAUGACAGAAUUGUACAGAGUGGAAGUUUGGCCAAUGCUUCUGAAAUUCUGGCAUUUGAUCUUGUUCAAGGGGCACUGGUAAAAUGGAGUUCUGAUACGGAUAAGUCAUUGCCCGAGCCACCAACGGCUGUUUUCCUGCAUGGAAUUCUUGGUAGCAGGAAAAAUUGGGGAACAUUCACUAGGAGAUUGGCCCAGGAAUUUCCAACGUGGCAGUUCCUAUUGGUGGACCUGCGUUGUCAUGGUGAUUCAGCCUCAAUUAAGAAAACAGGCCCCAACACUGUUUCUUCCACUGCUCUUGAUGUCUUAAAACUAGUUCGUCAGCUCAGAAUAACACCUCGGGUUUUAGUUGGUCACAGUUUUGGGGGGAAAGUUGUCUUGAGCAUGGUGGAGCAAGCUGCAAAGCCUCUUGCACGGCCAGUCAGAGUUUGGGUCCUAGAUGCUACUCCUGGAAAGGUUCGUCCUGGUGGUGAUGGGGAGGACCAUCCAGCAGAACUAAUAUCUGUCCUAAAGACUCUACCCAAAGAGGUAUCCUCAAAGCGGGAUGUUGUGCAAAAUCUAGUUCAAAAAGGAUUCUCUAAAGAUGUGGCACAGUGGGUGGUUACUAAUCUGCGACCUAGUGGUCCACUUGGUUCAACUCCAUCCACCUUCUCUUGGACAUUUGAUCUCAAUGGAAUUUCUGAAAUGUACCAAUCUUAUGAAGAUACAAAUUUAUGGAAAAUCGUAGAAGAUGUGCCCCGAGGUGUCCAUGUGAACUUCUUGAAAGCAGAAAGGAGCUUGCACAGAUGGGCUCUAGAAGAUCUCCAGAGGAUUCAUGCUGCUGAGGAGCUUGCUGUUGAGGAGGCAGGUGGAGUUGGAAUGCAUGUCCUUGAGGAUGCAGGACACUGGGUGCAUGCGGAUAAUCCAGAUGGGCUAUUUAGGAUUCUUACAUCUUCUUUUCAGUGACUCAUAACUUCAGACGCGGUCACACCUUCAGUUCAGAGAUAAUAGCAGCUGUAGAGGUGUGAAAAGAGUAUACAAACAGGUGUUUCUGCGUUACAUAAUUAUAUACAUCUAUGUACCUUAAUGGUUUUGUAUCUUUUGUAUAUUUGGCUGUCAAUUUUUGUCGCAGUUGUCUAAAGUUUCACAGGUCUGUGUAUAUCAGGACUACUAGCUUAAAGGAUUCAAGCGUCCGUUACAUAUUGAGCAAAUCCGUCAUUUUUGGCUGUAUAAUAUCUUCUUUUUGUUGAGAAAUGUGAUCUUCAAUGAUGAUAGUAAAAUGUAUAGAGAAAAUUGGCGGCAA